AUGACGUCGAACUAUCUUACAGUCACUGUAAGUGGAAAGAAAUUUACUUUGACAGCUGAAGCACUGAAAUUAUAUCCAGAUACCAAACUUGGAAAAUUUAUCAACAGUAAUGAAAACAUCAAAAUGGAGUGUAGUUUUGAACGUCCAGUGCGUUUCUUUAAAGAAAUCCAUGCCUUUUAUCAAACAGGAAAGCUUCAUAUGCCUACUAAUGCCUGUCCACAAGCUUUUUUGGAAGAACUGAACUUUUGGGAGAUAGAAGUUUCAUAUAUGGAAAGUUGCUGCUUGAGCUCUUUGGAAUCAGCUUUGGGAAAAUUGAAGAAAUUUAAAAAUUUCGUGGACGACCUUCGAGAACAUAACCAGGUAAAGGUCGCACCAAAGGAAUUGUCAAGAAAACAAUGGAUUUGGGGAGUCUUAGAGAAUCAGUUUCGAACGAAGGCUGCAAAGGUAUACCUUGCUGUGAGUAUAUCCUUGAUAAUUAUCUCCGUCCUUUCCCUCUCCAUCAGCACGCUUCCAGUUUUCGGACAGAGGAUCAAUGUUUGCGAGAUGAAAAGUAAAAUUCCUGAUGCCGACGACUACUUGAAUUCAUUCCUCGACAACCUGGAUUGUGACACAGAUCCUUGGAAAGUUUGGCAUUACUACUUUGGAGACAUUCCGUCCGACUUAAACGAAAAAGAUUUUGAAGAAUAUUUUUUAAACCACACACACUAUCAGCAUCCUGAGGAGUAUGACGAUUACUAUAGCAACUAUAUUAAUGGCGGUUUGCCAUUAGAUACAAUCUACAGGCAUUACAAAACCAGAGUACCUCAAAAAGUUAAGAAACAUGUUGUUUUUACUGUCAUUAACCAAGUGGUGAUGAUUUUUUUUGCAAUAGAAUUAAUAAUGCGAUUACUCACGUGUCCAAACUUUCGGAAGUACUUCCUGUCGUUUCUUAAUAUUCUGGAUAUUUUAAUAAUAACAGCAUCAAUUGCAGUAGAAAUCGUAGAGUCUGUUUUGAAAGAAACAAAGUUUGACAAACGCGUAGAAGCCCUUGAUUUUCUACAAUUCUUAAGAAUUUUUCGUUUGCUGAGAGUUGUACAACAUAUUGUUGAGGUCCGCGUGUUUGUUUACUGUGUGAAGACAAACAUUCGAGACCUGCUGGUUUUACUCGUUUUUGUCCUGACGGCCAUUCUAAUUUUCUCCAGUGUCCUGUACUUUGCAGAAGGCCAAGAUAACGUCGACAGUAUCCCAAACGCUUGGUACUGGAGCGUGGUUACACUUACGACAUUAGGUUAUGGAGAUAUCGUUCCAAAAUCUGUCGGCGGAAAGUUGAUAGGGGGUAUAUGUGCUUUGGCGGGCAUAUUUGUGUUUGCGAUGAUUAUCCCUGUUUUUGUUAACAACUACAAGAACUUGAACCAAUUACUUCAUUCCAAAAAAGUAAUUAAUCAAAAAAAAUGGAACUGGACUGUAAAUUCAGUGCGGAAAGAUUACGUUGACCAGAAGAAUUCAUCAUCAAAACAAAGGGGGUACUAG